AUGACUACCGAAGAUGACAACAUAUUACAGCUCCUGAUAGGAAACAAAUGUGGAAGUGCUGGAACUGCAUGUAGUUGCCCAGGCGGUACUAGCAUAUCUGAGAUAGAGGCAAAAAGGGAGGAUAAUAUUGAUAAUUUCACUGGUUUCGUUGCUCUCAUCCAUUCCCCAAAGGCAGGACUGACAUUUACUCUUAGGAGAGAAUUAGAUGGAAAUGAGAGUCUUGAGGAUAACCAGGACAUUCACGGAGUAACCAAGGUCUCUGUUUACUACUGGACUUGUGACAAAGGAUAUACAAAACCACUCCUCUUGGAGAUUAUUAAGAAUGACAUUGUAGAAAGAGACUACUACUAUAAAUCUGAGGAUGGUGAAGGGGAUACUAAUACACAUAUCUGGAAGCGAGAUACCAACCCUCGUGGUACAGCGCUACAAGCUAUCUUGGAUGACAGAAACUGCGUUGUAAAUAAUGCGGUGCCCUUUUUCAUUGAUGAACCAGAGAAAGGUAUAGAUACCACUUCUGAUUGUGCAAAAAAGAAAAGGAUAGAACCUGUUGGGGGAGGUCUUCAGCUUUCCGGCAGUGACUACAGGGUCACAGAGUACAAGAUAACGGGUUUACAAACAGGAAUUUCUAGAGUACAAUAUCAAAAGGAAAAGGUAAGUGGUAUAGAGAUUCCUUCUGGUAACCAGGUUUCUCAAAUACGACUGUAUUCGUCACCAGUAAACGAUAAAAUACCUCUUAUGAUUAACAUUAACCUAAAGACUGAAGGUUAUAGAUGGUAUUACAGUACCAGUGCUAAUGGUCAGAAUUGGGGAGAACAUGGUGGCAUUAGAUUAUACAACAAUAGUGGUCAGCCCACUGAGGCGCUUGCAAAAAAACUGGACUGUUUUGCCUGUGAAUAUCAUAAUGGAGUCACUAUCGAUCUCUCACACAGAACUUCCAAGGCUCAGAAUAACUAUUGUUGUAGUGAGCAUAAAGAUGGAAAGAAAGUCUCUGUUACUCCACAUGAAGUUCGUUGUCAGUUACAUUCUAACUCAAGCUACAUUACGGUCUACAAACACUCAAUUAGAGAGUCUAACUUUAAACUAGGUAGUAUUAAAUUCUACGAUAAUGAACAGAAUAAAAGGAGACACGUAAGAUCUAGAAACUUAAAGUUACCUAUAGAAGGACAGGUAGAGGUCUAUAUCUUUUAUUGCACUGACAACAACCCAGUACUCGUAUACGUUGAUGCAACAAAAAGUACAAAAUCUCAGGAUAAUACAGGAUGGUAUAGGAAGAGUAAAGGUGGUGGUUAUUCAAAAAACUGGAGUAAGAUCCCUACUGGUAUCGGGGGUAUAACGCAUAGCGACCUGGAUAGAGAUCUUAUCGACUGCACAAGGAGAAAUAAACUUGUGGGAGUGCUAAAAAAACUUGGCUGUACUACAUUAUCUCCAUGUCCCAAAUCAUCUUCACCAGAGCGUUCUGAUGCUGAUGAUGGAGUACAAGAAGAGGACAUUCCCUUGGGAGAAUCUGAGGGAGAAGACGAGUCAUAUAAAGUACUAGAUCUUGUUAAUGAGCCUCUUUCUGAAGUUGAAGCUGAAAAGGAUAAAAAGAAUGAGAAAGAAGAUCCACCAUCAUCUCGACUAGAUGCUGCAGGACCUACUAAAGAACAACGUGGUAAAGAUAAAGACACCCCAGUAGCCAAAUCUGAACCUGAAGAUUCUCUCCAAUCUGAUGGUAAAUUUAGGAAAUCCGCUGCUCCUGGAGAAGGAUUAGGCUCUAUUCCUCAACCUGCUGUUGGUAAAGAUGGAACUAAGGGAGACCCUGUUAAAAAACUUCUCGAUGGUUUACUAUAUCUUGGACUAGGUGUAGCUGGUAGAGCUCUUGGACCGGAUACAAAUAAUAUGUUUCAAGAAGUUUUUCGUGUUUUAUCUCUUAGUGAACAUGGUAAAAGAUCUGCUACUGGACCUGACGGUAAACCUGCUAUUCAUACUACUCCUGAUCAAGGAUCUGGAUCUGCUCCUCAUUCUGAACCUAAUACUGGCUCAUCUGAACAAGGCACUACUCAAGUUGAAACUGCCCCUAGGCUUCCUGAUCAUCAACUUGGUCAAGAGACUCCUGAAUCUCAAACUGCUGGUGGAAACUCUCAUACUCUUACUUCUAAUGCAUGGGGAGAUUCCAGGAGUUCUAUUCCAGCCUCAUCUCUAAAAAGCGAUCCUGAACCUAAAGGAAAAACUGCUCUUUAUAAAUCUUCCUCCGUUAAUGGUAAUCAAGAUGGAGUAACCAUUCAGCUUGAUAGAACUUAUUAUGAGGGUCUUAAUAGUCUGCAAUCAAUAGAGAUUUCUCCUUACCACGAUACUCCUGUGAAAGGAUAUAAUGCUUACGAGCAUACUCAUUAUGGAGGGGUCUUCACUAUAAACAAGAUUAUGAACGGGAAAUAUAAGGCGAGUUUUCCACAAGAGACUAUGCCGAUACGGGAUGUAGAAAGAUUAAUCGUUUAUCUUUCUCAGUGUGAUCAUAAAUCUCUCCUGGUCUAUGUGGGCAGUAAUGAUAAAAGUGGAAAAGGUCAUAAGUGGUACAAGAAUAAAGGGCAUGAUACAUGGAUAGAUGCAUCUAGCAGUUUAAAAAAAUCUCCAAAACAAGCAUACACUGAUGGAAGUCUUAGGACUACUCUAAAGACCAUAGGGCAGAAGUUAGGAAUUUCCUGCGGAGGGAAAUCAAAGAGGCUGAUGAUUAAUAGUGAGAGUAGCAAUGAUCUUCCAGAAACGAACGAAUUACCAAAUAACUACCCUGGAAGUUUUCAACAACUUACUAAUCACCAAUCUAAUGUUGUUCCUGGAGCAUUAAAAUACCAAACUGCUAAAACUGCUGUCUCUUCACCUUAUGAAAAAUUACAAGAGACUGUUGGUGAUGUUACACCUCCUGUAUAUGUUCAUAAUCAAGGUGGAUGUGCAGGUGGUGACGAUAAUUAUGAAGAAUCCAGUCCAGAAAAGAAAUUUGGUGGAAAUACUGAUAUUACUAAUCAAAAGGCUGAUCAUCCUACUUCUGUUACUAAUGAUGGAACUCCUGUCUCUUCUCCUCUUUCUGCUCCUUCUAUUGCUGAACCUACUAGUUCUCAUUCUCCUCAAGAUGAUAGAACUGCUCAUUCUGAAGGUAUUGGAGGAGGAACUCGCGGUUCUCAUACUGCCGCUAGUCUACAUGGUGGUGAAACUGGUGAAAGAGACCCUGCUCCUCUUGAACAAAAGGAUGACAGUAUUACUCAAGGUGGAGUUACUCCUUCUGUAGGUCUUGGAGGACAGGUUGAUAGAGGACCUGAUGGUAGUGGUGGAGGUGAAGCUAAAUCUACUGGUGGUCAAGAAUCUAACCGAGCUGCUACUCAUCCUCAAGGCCAUACUGCUGCUGCUCCUACUCAAGCUGCUUCUCAAGAAUCUUCUACUCGAGGCCCUCCUGCUGACAGUCUAUCUAGUCAAACUGGUAAUGGAGCUGAUGCUCAAAGUCCAACUAGAGAAGCUGGAACUACUACUCUUCCUACUGCUCCUCAUUCUAAUGAAGUAAAUUCUCUUACUCCUGCUUCUGGUACUACUUCUCAAGGUGAAGCUGCUGGAACUGAAAAAUUUGUUCUCACUACUCCUGCUGUUGCUACUAGUCUAUGGUUAACCUUUGGAUCAUCAUCUGCCACCCUUACUGGAGCUGGUGGUCUUACUGGAUUUGGUUGGUGGGCAUUUAAACGUUCUAAGGGAGAUCCUUGGGUUAGACAGAUUUAA